AUGUUUGGAAUAGCUUUUGCAGCCGCAGCGCUGUUCAGGCUCGCCACUGCACAGUCCACAACCUAUCAAGCCGAGGAUGCCACAUUAUCUGGAACCACGGUUGGCACUUCUGUUGCUGGCUUUACAGGCUCCGGCUACGUCGAGAACUUCGCCGAUGCAACAGACAAGAUUACCUUCAACAUCAACGCCGAUAACUCUGGGCUCUACGACCUGAGUAUCAUCUACAACGGCCCUUAUGGCGACAAAUACACGUCCGUGGUUCUCAAUGGUGGCGGCGCCUCCCAAGUCUCACUCCCAGCAACUACAUCAUGGACGACUGUCAGUGCCGGACAAGUCCUCCUCAACACGGGCUCCAACACGAUUGAGAUCCAAAACAACUGGGGCUGGUACCUGAUUGACGCCAUCACCAUUGCCCCCUCUGCCCCCCGGCCCCCACACAACAUCAGCACCACUCCCGUAAACCCCAAGGCCAACGCCGAUGCCAAAGCCCUCCUCAGCUACCUGGGCAGCAUCUAUGGCAAAAACAUUCUCAGCGGCCAACAAGACCAGGCCUCGUUUGACUGGGUAAAGCAAAACAUUGGCCACACGCCCGCUAUCCUCGGCCUCGACCUCAUGGACUACACCGACUCUCGCACCUCCCGCGGCGCCUCGUCCCGCGACGUCGAGCACGCCCUCACCUUUGCCCAACAAGGCGGCAUCGUCACCUUUGUCUGGCACUGGGGCGCCCCCGUCGGCCUCUACGACAACGCCACCCAACCCUGGUACCGCGGCUUCUACACGGCCGCCACCGACUUCAGCCUACGCGCCGCCCUCGCCGACACCACAAACGCAAACUACACACUCCUGCUCCACGACAUCGACACCAUUGCCACCCAGCUCCUCAAGCUCCAAGACGCCGGUGUCCCCGUCCUCUUCCGCCCCUUGCACGAGGCCGAAGGCGCCUGGUUCUGGUGGGGCGCCGACGGCCCCGAACCCUGCAAACAACUCUGGCGUCUCCUCUACGACCGCCUAACCAACCACCACAACCUGCACAACCUCCUCUGGGUCUGGAAUUCCGUCGCCCCGUCCUGGUACCCCGGAGAUGACGUCGUCGAUAUCGUGUCCGCGGACACGUAUACCCAGGGCGACCAUGGCCCCAACUCGGCAACCUACAACGCUCUCCUCGAUCUCACCGACGAUACGAAGAUUGUGGCGGCCACGGAGAUUGGAAGUCUCAUGGAGGUGGAAGGGCUCAAGGCGUAUGAUGCCCAUUGGGCGUGGUUUGUGGUUUGGAGUGGCGAGUAUGUUAGUGGGGGGCAGUGGAAUAGUGUGGAUUUGUUGAAGAGGGUGUAUGCGGAUGAGUAUGUUUUGACGUUGGCGGAGAUUGGGGGGUGGAAGGGGAGGUAG